GCGGCAAUUGACGAUGAACUUCCUCACCGCGAUCAAGAAGCCCGAGAACCUCGACAGCUGGCUCUUUGGCGACGACGUCGCGGACCCGCGCCCGCCAUUGGCACCGACGGCGAACCGGUCGACGCCUGCAUCGCCAGCGGCAGCCGACCAUAGGCCAUCGUCGGCCAGCACCAAGCUCGCGCAGGCCGCGACGAUGAUCCAAGACAAGUACAAGAAGAUGGCCAAGAACAACAUGAACUACAAGUCGAUUUCAAGCACGUAUCCGAUGCCACUGAGCAAGAAGUUUCGCAAGUACCUCCGCGACAAGCAGCGCGCCGAGACGGCCAUGGACGAAAAGCAGCGCCGGCUCUUGCAGCUCUCGGAAGUCAGCCGCCUCCGCGCACACGCGCCCAAAACGACCGACGAUGGCAACUACCACAACGUCCUCCUCUUCCUCCUCGAGCUCGAGCAGGAGCGCGACGCGGCGCGGGGCACGCCGUCGCUGCUCAAGCUCUUCGACAAGUACUUUACGGCCAAGUCCGAGUGCAGCAUCUCGGCGACGCUCGAGCUCACGCCAGAGCUGGAGGAGAUGGUGCUGGCGAGCAUCCAGAACGACGACAUUGGCUGGAUCGGGUUUCGGUCAAUCCAGCGGCUCGCGUUCAAGCGGCUCACGCGCGAAGAGCUGCCGCGGUUCCUCAAGAGCACCGAGUACCUCGAGAUGCUGCAGGUCUCGGAGCACACGGCCGCUUUUGUGCCCCUCGAUCGGUUCCUUACGAACCCUCGCGCGGCGCACUACUUUCUCCUCUUUCUCAUGCAGCAGCGCCAGCAUUUCGAGCUCUACUUUUGGCUCCACGUCGAAUACGUUCUAAAGAAAUGCACCUCCGAUGUGACGCUCUUCUGGACCCUCACGCACGACUUGCUCAAGAAGGCCAGUGUCGACUCGAGCGCGAUCCAAGCGCCCACAAAAGCCAGUCUUGCAGACGCCUUGCGGCUCCAGUCCAAGGACGCGGCGCUCGCUGCGUUUAGCGUCGCGCAGUCGGAGAUCUGCCUCGUUCUCAAUGCGUCGUGGUACGAGCGCUUCGUCAAGAGCCCGCUGUAUACGCUUGCGCUGAGCGACAAGGCCGCCAAGACGCUCCUCGACAGCGACAGCGACAGUGACGACGACGACGAGCACGUCAACGCUACAAAGCGCCGGUCCACGGCGGUGCUGCGCGACUCGUUCUCCGAGUACGACUCGAUCUCGGACAUUCCCAACAGCGAGCGACCGCCGUUGGUCCACCACGUCGAGAGUGAGGACUCGGACUCGGACGACGAAGCGCCUGUGCGGCUCAACCUCGAGAGCAUCAUUCGAAGCACGUCGCUACCGGACGGGCUCCAAGUCCAUUACCGACCCAACUACCCGCUCACGCCCAUGGUGCUGCGGGAAGACUUGGUGUCGACGCCCGUCAUUGAUGCGAUCGUGCUCUUCAAGACGAUCACGACGGAGACUUCGGGCACGCGCCUCGAGCUCUCGUAUGUGCGCAAGGACAAGUCGCCGUCGCUGCCGCCGUCGCCCGAGUCGCAGCGUAAGGUCUCGGACCUCGCCAAGCGCAUCCAGCCAUACUUUGUGCCCCAUGGCAAGCUUGUGAGUCCGGCGCCCGAGCCCGACGUGCUGUUUCCGUUUGUCGUGCUCCAAAACGGCGACCUCGGCACGCUCUACUGUAUGUGCUACACAACCUACGUGGCUCGCGGCGAUGCCGAGUUUAUCGCCCAAGGGGUCUGCGUCGCGUCGCCGUUCCCGCUCAUUGACGGGCUCCGGUCGAUCGUCGCGCGGCACCUCUUGGAUACGCCGACACCGCUCUUGCCGGAUCAUGUCCGGCGGCUCUACACGCUGCCGGCGCCGUCGCCGACGUCGGCGCCACUGCCCGCGCCGUCGCCCAAUGCGCUCUUGCACCGACGCCACUCGGGCACGCUCCUCGACCUCCCGGCGCCGCCCCGCAUCGACUUUGGCCUGGCGCCACUCUUUGCGACGCUUAGCAAUGCGCUCGUGCUCGAGGUGGUCGCAAACGCGCUGCUCGAGCACAGCAUCCUCUUGCUCUCGUCGUCGCUGUCGGCGCUGACGCUCUCGGCCGAAGCCAUUCGGUGUCUACUGGCGCCGUUUGCGUGGUGCCACAUCUACAUCCCUGUGCUGCCAAAGAGUCUGCUCUCGUACCUCCACUGCCCGACGCCGAUCCUCGUCGGCAUCCACCAGAGCUGCGCGACGCGGGACGACCUCCCGCUGCCGUCGCCGUCGUCGUGUGCGAUCGUCGUCGAUCUCGAUCGCGGCACGCUCGAGUACCUCGGUCCGCGCAAGCUCCAGUGGCCAAACAUGGGGCUGCUCGACGACGCGACGAGUCCGAUUCGGCUCGUCGAUGCGUUUGCAACGGCAAAAGCACAGCUCGAUACAUUGCUCGUGUGCCCCUCGGCGCUGCAACUGGACGCCGUCGGGCCGCGGCCGUCGUCGGUGCUCCCAACGACAUUUCCGAACGCCGACGUCCGCGGCGUCUUUUAUAAGCUCGUGGCCAACCUUCUCUUUGACCACACGGCCGCGAGCCUCGUCGUGGGCGAUGCGACCGAGUCGGUCAUCAUCUUUGACGAGCACAAGUUCACGGCGCUCCGGCCAGCAUACGAGACGCCGUUCAUCGAGUGUCUCAUCCGCACGCAGUGCUUCUCCGAGAUCAUUAGCACCCACCGCCUCGACGCCCGUCUCGAAGGCCACUAAGCUGCGCCAAUGCUUUUCCUCCACCGUCCACAUGAG